ACGACAUUCUAAUUUAUUGAGAUGCACCUGUAAGUAUUUUAAAUGGAUCGCAUAAAUUAUUAUUAUUAUUAUUAUUAUUUUACUGUUUUCUGAAGGUUGGUUUCUCUUUUGACUAGUCGGUUAAACUUCCGUUUAAACGACGGUCAAAUUAGUAGUAGCGCACAUCCCUAAUAUAUAGUCCUAAAAAAAACCAUUUGGUAAUUAAAUAUUGUAAUGCUUUAUUCAUUUGGUAAUUUAUUUAGCCUAAUUUAAUACAGGGAAUUUUGCCAGCAUUUUUUUCAAAAGUAUAAACAAUAAUUUUAUAGUGUUCCAAAAAAGCACACUGAUGUUUUUCUCCUAAUAUUGUGUUUUUUUUUUGUGUGUGUGUAUUUUAAACAUCUUUGUACAGAUAAAUUAUAUGUUUUUUGUAUUGUGGGCUAAUUCCAUGACUGCCGUCUGUUAUUUUGAAUAGCGUGAAAAGCAACUUUAAUAAAUAAACGGAUGUCGAUCAUGAUUGAAUUAAUCACAAACAGUGGCCAUUCAUUUGUUCUCCGUGCACUUGUUGAUGUGCAUGAUGCGAGAUAUUUGUGUUGGCACUCCUGGAAGUGUCAUAUUUGCAGCAUCGGAUCUAUAUGCCAUUAAGAUCAAUCCAUAAUCACGUACAAUAAAUUAGCUUUUAAUGAUGGAUACCUUGUCGUCAUGAUCGACACAGGCUAACGAUUGGGGUAAACUCUGUCAUGUGACACUACAUUUUUGUGUUAAUGCCAAUUUUUCAACAAAAAGUGUUUCCAAACCAGUUUUUCGCGACAUUUGAAGUGUCGACAUAGAGUUUAUGCGCUAGAAUUAAACGGAAAAAUAUGUCGACACUUGUGAAAUGUUAGCGAUAAUUUUUGUUUCCAUCAGCUUUAUUUUGAUGCGCUAAACUUUUUUCGCAAAAAAUCCUUGGACGGAAACGUAGUUAGUGACGUCACUUAACAGCGCAGUGAAAAACGUGUUGCAUGAAGAAACUCGCUUUAAAAAAGACAAAGUGAGGCGGAAAAACACGGCCAAAGCAGAACUUUAUAAACACUUCAAAGAAGACCAUAAGCAUACGGUUUAAUGUGGAGCAGUUGCUGCUUCAGGUGCAUUGAAAGAGGGCGUGUUUUGUUUCUCUCCGGCGUACAACUGACAUUUUUCUGCUAUUUUCUAAUGAAUACAUGUUAUGAAUUCAAAAUCAGGCGCGUAUUUUCGCGCGUUUCCCCAAAACUGUUCGUCUGUACCAAAAGAGACGCCCAUCCGCGUCAAUCAAACCGACAGCAAUCGAGAACGGGGGCGCAAUAAUUUUGAUUAAACUCGUGCAACGUCGUAACUCGAUUUCAGUUUCAACGUAAUCAAACUCUCAUUGAUGUCUCAGAGCUCAAAGAAUGCGGUUUUAAGUGUUUUAUAUCGUUUCUCAUCAUGUAAACGCAUGUUGAUCACCGCCGGGAUGCGACUUUUCAGCGCGACAGUGAAUCUGCACUGCGUUUACAGAUGAUUGUACAAUAUUAAAACUGUAUAGGCUAUAAUGCCAAAUAUAAUAAUAACGCUACGGGUCCUAAUAUUUGAUAGUCCUCCUGAUAAUGCCAAAUGUAAUGUCUAAUUUCACCAGUAAAUGUUAACUAUGGCAAACAUUAUUUCACUGGAUAAGCAUACACCAUUAAUUUUUUUUUUUUUUAAGAAUACUUUAGAAACAUGUAGUCAGUGACAAUACAAUUUAAAACUUCCAAUAUUAAUUUAAAAAACUUAAUGUAAUCAUAGACUAUGCUCAAGCAUUUGUAUGUAACAUAAUUAUGCAUUUUUCAGCUGGGUAGAAUCAUUAAAUGUUUAUAUUCUGGGGUCACAAUUGCUUUUUUUUUGUUCCACUUACUCCCUGAUGGAUCAUUUUACUCUAACGAACAGUACUUUUUGUUAAGUUUUACAAGUAAUGGAAAGGAACUAUUUUGCAUAUGUCCUGAAAGUGAUAAACCAAAUCCUUACGCCCUUCGUCAUUUGUUUGUUUUUGUUUUUUUUAAACCAAACAAAAAAAAAAAAAACACCCACACAACACAUACCUUUUUAAUAAAACACAGGAAAUAAAAAGUUUGUCCAAUCAAUUGAAGAUUAAAAGUUGCAGCCCUAAAUACCAGUUAAGAUCAAUCAACAGAAUUUCGUGUAAACAUCAUUUUAGUGUGGUAAAAUGGUUCACCAACCUUUUCUGUGUAAAGUUAUAUGGAAAAGAGAAAAUACGUACAUCCAAAAUUUCUGAAAAUAAAACGAGGAAAAUUCACACUGUUCUACACUUCACUUUUUUAUAUAUAUAUAUAUAUAUAUAUAUAUAUAUAUAUAUAUAACAACAGCACCAUUUCAGUCAGAGAGUUCUUCAUCAGGCACACAUCAAUAGGCAGCACUUCAUUAAAUAUCCUUGUUUCAAACACACACCAUUGUGUACACCUGUUAACAAUCAGAAGCAAUUAUCUCAUAAUCAUUCAAUCACACUCAAUGUGAACAAUUAAUUAGGGACAAAUUCUAAAAACAACAGUACAUACGUCAUUAUCAUAGAGAUUCAGACAAUGUAGACAACUCUCAGAAAUAUUCAGUGAAUCACAUUUUAUAGACAGUGCAGUAAUUUGAAUAGAAACAUUUAGAGUAAUAGGAAAAAUUGGGACAUAGGUCAUCAUUAAACACAGGUACAAGAAACUAAUCUCAUCCAAAAGACUCAAUAAAUCAAAGAAAUGGGUAGAUAUCAAAUCCAAAUUCAUGCCCUUAAGAUACAGUGUAAAGUGGAUAAAUAUAAUAGGCCUCUCUUUUUAACAAAAUUUUAUUGACAUCACCACCUUUUCUUGGUGAAUUGACAUGUUUAGUUGAGGUAAUCGAUGUUUUUCGAAGAAACCCACAUCAAAAUAAAAGUCAGAGCAUAGAAUGUAUCAAAACAUUAACUGAACUGGAAUUAACAAAUUUUUUCUCCAAACCAAGGGUACUGCCAUGGGCUCCAUAUUAUGCCAAUUUGUAUGUGGGUUUCUUUGAACAAAAAUACAUUUUCACUUGUUCUCAGAAUUUUUAUUUUUAUUUUUUAUUUAUUUUUUAACACUUUUUAGUUUCCUCAAGUGAAUAUAUAUGUAAAAUUCACAGAUAUAAUUAUAUUAAUAAUAACAAUAAUAAAGGCAUCUAUAUGUCAAUUCUGUCUGAUCAAUACAAUUGUACAUGUUGAUGCUUUGUAAAACACUCACAUGAUAUUAUUAUUAGUAAGAUUCCCCCUUCCCCCGUUAUGAUUAUACAUCUUGUCAAAUCUUGGAUUUGGAAAAAAGGGAUAUUGGCAGAUCCCCUUAACACCGAUAUCAUGUGAGAAAAUGGCCUUCUCCACACCGUUUGGAUUAUACCAAUUUGGGACCCUGCCGUUUGGUUUGUUUGGGGCCCCGGCUAUGUUUCAGCGUCUUAUGGAUCACACACUGCGUAUGCCGCUGCUUAUUUGGAUGAUAUCGUUAUUUACAGUAAUGAUUGACAACGGCAUAUGCAGCAUCUGAGGGCGGUUCUGAGGUUGCUGCGACAAGCGGGGCUCACAGCAAACCCGAAGAAGUGCACAAUUGGGCUGGUGUAGGUGCAGUAUAUGGGGUUCCACUUGGGUUACGGGCAGGUGCGACCCCAGAUUGAUAAAAGUGCAGCGAUCGCAACCUGCCCGAGACCCAAGACCAAAAAGGUGAGACAUCUCUGGGGUUGGCCAGCUAUUAUCGAAGGUUCUGACGUCACCAGCCCGCUGACUGAUCUCACUAAAAAGGGAGCCCCAGACCCGGUUCAGUGGAUGGAGCCGUGCCAACAAGCUUUCACGCAGGUAAAAGCUGCAAAUUUUGUGGCGAGCCGCUUCUGCACUCCCCUGAUUUCUCUCUCCCUUUUGUUUUACAGACGGAUGCAUCGGACGGAGGUGGGUGCUGUUCUGUCCCAAGUAGUGGAGGGGGAGGAGCGCCUGGUGCUGUACAUUAGUCGAAAGCUCUCUAUGAGAGAGACGAAGUACAGCACCAUAAAGGAGUGUUUGUCUAUCAAGUGGGCAGUCCUCACUCUCCGCUACUAUUUGUUGGGACGAGCAUUCACACUCUGUUCGGACCACGCCCCGCUCCAAUGGCUCCACCGCAUGAAGGAUGCUAACGCCCGGAUCACCCGUUGGUAUCUGCGACUCCAGCCAUUUAAGUUCGAGGUGGUCCACAGACCGGGGGCACAGAUGGCUGUCGUGGACUUCCUCUCCAGAAAAGUGGGGGGGAGUGGGCAGUCCGGAUGGUUCCCCCGGCCUGAGUCGGGCAGUGGGUGUAUGUGGAGGUGAGGGCGUGGUCAAGCGCCCAUCUGGGGAGAGAGAAAGCGGUAAGGACAUCCACCUGAGAUGAAUUGUAACUAAUUACCAUUUCCAUGUUCACAGUGAGAGUCGGAGGAGAUAAAAGAUGACCCAGUCAACUGAAAGAGACGGAGAGAGAGAGCUGCACAGAGCAGAGUGUUCCUGAGUGCGAUUUGUAUUGUGCUGAAAAGCAUUAAUUUAAGUGUGACCACUGAAAAGUGGAAUAUAUAUAUAUAUAUAUAUAUUAGACUGUGAAGCUGUGGGAAAUAAAGCCCUUUUGAGUUGGAUCUCGCCGUGUCCCGCUUCCUCCUUUUGAUCCAAAUACGAACAUCUGUUACAAAGUGCUUUUAUAAAAUUAUAAGCUUCAUAUGUCUGUUUAAAAGCCCUCCAAAAAUUGGCCCCCAUUCACUUCUAUUGUAAGUGCCUCACUGUAACCCAGAUUUUUGCUUUGUUUUUUUAAUAAAAAUAGGGACAAGUCAAAAAAUGUUUGUGGUAAUCAACAUUAUGCCACAAAUGCUGUCAAUUGAGCUUAACUUGUAUUGAACCCGGAAUAUUACUUGAACACUGUAAAUGAGAAAAUAAACAGAGUAAACCAUGAGUUAAAACAUUGGAAUUCUAUUGUUUCAGAUUUAACAUUAAACCUGAUCAGACAUGGUGAAACUAUCGACUCGAUCUAGAAAUCAAAGGCUUGAGGGUUUAUACUUCAACUUGAAUGUUUUACAGUAGUGUGUUUAUUAAUUUCUGGAAGUUGGAAAACUAACUUACAAGACAGAACCACACACUACCCUCAAACGGUGGUAGGGUGGAGUUACGUGGGCUGAAUACCACCUUGUGCAACUAAUGUUAUUGAUGGGUGCAUGCUUCCUGUCUCUCUCACUUUCUCUGGAUGCAUUUUUGCUAAUUUUCUACCUCUUAUUGCAUGAAAUGUGUGGUGUUUGCCCUAACCAUGAGCAGGACAGAACUGAUGUCAUACAGACAGACAGCUGGAGAGGGCUCUACAUAACAGAAAUUGAAGAUGGAAAAACUACCUCACCACGAUCCCUGCCAUUCACAUCACCAUCUUCAACCUCAAGUUAUCCACAUAGUCUCACCCUGGAUCGUUCCAAGUCUGCCCCAGCCUCUAUAGACCAGGGAGCAUCUCCAAUUGAAAUUCCCCAACCAGAUGUAUGCCACCCAUAUUCCACCCAGGAAUCAACUGAAUCCUUGCAGUUUCCACCUGUGAAAGUAGAAGAACCCUCUCCAGAUCCCUCUGAUGGCACCUUUAGAUCUCAGUCCCAAGAACUGGCUGAUUCAAACUCCUCUUGUGAAAAGACAGCUGAUGCUCCCAACCCAAGCACUCUUUCCUCUCAGGAACCGUUCUCUAGUACUGUGUCUGAGAACAAUGAAGUGACCAGUGGCAUCAUUACAGGAGAUUCUGACAGUCAGUUAGACACAUUUGGGACUGUAGCAGCAGAAUCUCACUUUACUCUCUUUAACCCAACCACUCAGACCCAAACAUUCGAUCAGGAAAUGGACAUGGAUGUUUCUUCCAAUGCAAAACAAGAAGUUGACCACGACUUUCUGGAACAAUCCCAGAGAGAACAAGUUAGUGUGAUGGAAGAUGUUUCAGAGGCUCAACCUCAACUCAUGCCUGUUCCAGACUUGAACCUUCAACCCUGUCAUGCUAAGCCAGCCACUUCUUCUGGGCACUCUCCUGUCCAGUCAGACUCAGAAAGGAGCAUGAACAGUGAAAUGCCCUCUGAGAGAAACCAACUAGAGGCAGAUAACACCCUGUCCCUGGCUCAGACCCUUAAGGAGCUCCAUAAACUUCUAAUGUCCAACAGCUGUCCUCAAGUGUGUGUAAGAAGCCAUUUGUCUGACUCCAAUACUCCAAUUCCCAGACAGGAUCCUGAUAGGAUGGACCUGGAUCCUACUUCAAGAAACAAUGUCACUCUGAACCCAACAGUUAAUGCAUCCUCUUGUACUGCCACAGAAAAUGACAUGGAGGACAGAGUUGCCAAAGCUGACUUUACUUCACAAUCAUUGCAGGAAACUCCAGACUUACCAACAUCAAGCAAUUCAAGGCAUCGUGAGAAGCAAACUACUAGUGUGGUAGAUCCCAGAGAGGAACAAGGGAUUCAGUGCCCUUAUACCCCUGAGGGAAACCAGGCUCUUUGUGAGGAGAUAGGUUUUGGGUCAGCGUUAGCAGAGAUAUUGUCUUUCCAGGGAGAUCUUGAGUUUAAAGAAAACCCUGAGGGUCAGAAAGGGCAGGACAUUUCAGACAGAAACACCUCAGGCAUUGACAUCUCCAAAUCGGCCGACCCGUCUCAGCAGCGCCCCUUUUCUGUAGCAGCUGGUUCAACAACUGAUUCCAGUCUUGGGCCAGUUGCGUCUCCUCAUCCUCAAACACAAGCCCCUGAGAUUGAUCAUCUUUUCCAUAGAGACUUCAUCCAGCCUUCAACGCAGCCCUCAAUGGGACAGUUUCCACUAGAGCACAUUCAGAGGAUCCAAGCAUCAGGAUUCUCUGCCCUUGAGGCUGCUGAGGCACUGGAUCAAGCUCAAGGCAGUGUGGAGCUUGCCUUACUGGUGCUGCUAGCAAGAAAGAUCACUGUGCCCACCUAGACCCCAAAUUAACCUGCAGUGGUGGCAUCAGUCAACAUUUGAUCCUUUUUUCAUCACAUGAUUUCCUUUAACAGUCCUUAUUGUUUUGUACUUUAUGGUCUUAUUCUGGCUGUAUACUUUGCCAACAUACAAAAUGUUCAAAAAUUGUUUUGUAAGAAGCUGGCUAUAUCUCCCUUUUAACAGAACAAUGAUGGCUAUGGAGUCUUUUUAAGUUUUGCAUGUUGGUUCAGUAGUUCCUUAAUGGAUUGUUGGUUUCAUUUGUUUAGGCUGAAUUAGCACAAUAAAUUGAUCUACAAUUUACAUAAAUAGUUGAGUAACAAAUUGUGGGGUUGAAGCGAACAUGAUCUUCUGCCUUGUCAGAAAUAGACUUGUUUCCAUUCAUCCAACUACUGCAUGGUUUUAGAUCUCAAAAGUGAUUUUGUGCCUGAUGUUUACUGACCUUCAGUAGAAACCUCUGAAGUAUUUAAAUUAGCUCAUUUUGUACCAAUUUGAUCGAGAGUAAACCAGUAGAGCACACAUUACAGACUCCACUUCCCACUUGAAUUGGCAAUAAUGUCUAAACAUCUCUGAGGUCAUUUUCAUUUUAGUUAUUUUAUUUGAUAGUUACCAUUGCCAAUCCUGUAUAUCUUGACAUGUUUUCAGUAGGUUGCCUUUGGAAAUUAUUACAGAGUAGACUUCUAAAUACCAUAACCUUGACACAGUAUAUGUUCCUAGUCCAUUGUGUAACAAUAGUUGUCAGAUUUGUGAAUGAUAUAUGAACAAAUCUGAAAGCGGAAGGUAUGAUGCAUUACAAAACUGCUGGAGAAAUACUUUGAUCAUCAGUAGUAUCUGUUUGUUUGUUUGUUUGUUUUUUUAAAUCAGAAUCAGGAUUUUGUUGUGGUAUUUUAAAUUGUUUUUGAGUGAAACAGACAAAUGUUGGUGCUGACAAGUAGUCUAUGGAAAGAGACUGUUUUUUUUUUUUUUUUUUUUUUUUUUGCAGCUACCACUAUAUUUUGAGUUGUCUGUGUUUUAAUACCAUUAUUUGUUGUUGCUUGUCUAAAUGCUUUUGAUUUCAGUGUAGUCAUGACAUGCCAUUUCCGGCAUUCUGUGAUCUGUUAUAAUGUCUAUCCUCUUGUCAUAUUUUAAAUGUUAUCUCUGGGUCAUAUAUCAGUUGUGUUCAAACUAUUUGAAAUACUCAGUUUCAUGUUGUAUACAGUUUAAAAACCAAAUAAAAGGAAAAAGUGAUUCUUUAUA